CAUUUGCUUUUAGUACGUAUAACCUACGACAUCUGUGAGGAUACGCAGACAGGGUGAAAUAGUAAGGUUUGGGUGAGUGGACUAUUGUACGCUACAGCAGAAUAUUGAUACAACGAUAUUCAACAAUGCCACAUUUGGUGGAAAAGAAACCUCCUUUCGUUCAGUCAGACUCUGUACAGAACUGCCAUAAUUGUGAGACAGUAUUCAUAGACUCAAGGAUUAACUGCAGGGCUUGUGGUUAUGUUUUUUGCGAUGAAUGUAGUAAAAAUCGAAUUUGCCUCCCAUAUCUUCCCGACGAAAAGCCUAAAAACGUUUGCGACAGCUGCCUAAAAAAAAUUCAGGGACUGGGUAUUCAAAGUCAUCAAUGGCCAUUAUACACAACACAAAGCAAUCUGCAAUACGAGGCUGAAAUUGGAUACUCGGCACCAAGAUGCUGCCGAUGUACAGAGAAAUUUAAAGGAAUAGUUCACUUUUGUAACAAAUGCAAGAGAGCUUUUUGCGCCGAAUGCUUGGGUGCCGGAGUUCAUCACAAGAAUAAAGCUAAUAUUUGUGAAAAUUGCAAAGUUGAGGAGAGCAAUAUAGAAAUCUCAACCGCAAGCAGUACAGGCUCGAACGAUUCGACGAAUGAUUGCAGUUGCUGUGUUAUUGAAUGUUGCAGCUUUGAUUGUUGUGACCUUGACUGUUGUGACCUUGAAUGUUGUGAACUUGAAUGUUGUGACCUUGACUGUUGUGACCUUGACUGUUGUGGAGACAUUGAUUUGGACUUUACCGGGGGGAUAUUUUGCUGCCUUUGUCGAUUAAUCUGUUCCGCUCUCGAAGAAGAAUAAGAGAAAAUAGUCGAGGACUUCAUGACCCUUUUCGGAAUUGAAAACAUGCAAAUCUAACCGAAACUAUGUAACGCAAACUGAAAAAUGCAUAUCAUUAUGUAAUUUAUAUAUUCGUUUUUAAAAUUACCUAAAUUUGAUUUGCUUACUCAUUCAAUUAUUUAAUUAGAUGUUUUCUGCUCAUCUCCAAUUCAAUUAAACGAUUGGAGGCUAGUUUUGACGAAAUUAUUUUACACUGACCAUCACAGCGGAAGCAAU